AUGGAAAUGGAUGGUAUCGAUGAGAACGCCUGGUGGACAUUGCCUGAAAACUUUGGUGCUCCACUUGUGACUUUCAUAGAUGAAGCCCAGGAUUUGGUACGUGGCCAUGAAGACUUACACCUCAGAAGCAUUGAGCUACACAGCCACACCCUCAUUCAACUGGAGAGGUGGUUUAUAGCCUCAGGCCAGACCAGAGUCACUGUGGUUGGACCACUCAGAGCAAAGGAGUGGUUGGUGAAUAUGAUUUGGUAUGUGGGGAACAAGCAUGCUUACCACCAGGCCCAAGGUGAAGAGAUGUUGCAGCGAGUUUGGAACCAACCCCUGACCAACGCUGACUUCAAUGCCUCUUUCAGGCACCUUCCCAAUGUGCAGGUGCCCGAGGCACUGCCACCUGCCAGCCUACAGCAUCCUGCCCACCUCGGAGCCCAACAUCACAAGUGGCAGCACCUGGAUGCCUGA